GUAUGUAUCAGCAAUUUCAAAAUUUACGAGAUCGUGACGAGCAAAUAGAAUUAAGGACAUUUGUUCGAGAUUUGAAUGUAGAAGAGCUUGCAGAAAUAAUACGGAGCAGCAUCUGUAAAGCAGAUGCGCCAAAGAUACUGGACGAUAUUUUCCAAGCAUUUUCAGAUUCCGAAGCCGGUCAAUUAAAACGACGUAUGUUGGUUGAGUCUACUUUACGAAUUUUAGGAACAACUAAAAUACCCACAAUACACGUAGAUUCGAUCGUAAAUCGAGUAAUUCUCGAUUUUCCAAAGUAUUCGAAGCAGCAUCUCCUGAAACUCGUCGAUUUUUCUCUAACUUGUAUUCAUGAUGACAACAAUGAUUUAUUACAGUGGAAAGAUUUGUUACCUGUGCUACUUGAAGCACUGAAAGAUGAGAAGUAUAUUGUUUACAGGGAUGCAGAAGUCUCUGGAACCGAGUAUAAAUCAUUGAUUGUCAAAUCAAUAUGCAAUUAUCAAUGGAACAUUGACAAUCUACCAUCAUUAGCAAAAAUGUUUGGGGAUAUGGCUCUAGAUAAAGCUGAUCGCAGAGUUGUCAUAAAAACGUUGUGUCAUUCUUUGCCUGAGCUAUCUCUUAGCCAAGUGCCACCUUUUGUUUAUCAAGCCCUAAAAUUGUGCAGAGAUCACGAUAAUCAGUACCUUUUACAUAUGCUGUGUAAAUAUUUUGAGUACUGUUACCAGAAAGCAAUUUCUAAUGAAGAGAGGGACAGCUUAGAAGACGUUGGCACAGUCAGUAUAAAAGAGGUCAAGGAUGUAGAGAGCACUGUGUUGUAUCAUGUGUAUCAGCACGUGCAACUAAAUCAUGAGAAUUUGAAGGAUUUUAUUCGUUAUCUUAAAUCCGUGUCUUACACAUCUGAAUACAUCUUACAACCAUUCAUGCUUGCUGUACUAAUGUCUGUGUUUGGUAUAUACGCAGAUCAGAUUUUUGAAAUAUUGAAAGCUGCUAUUAUCAACAAUAGUCUAGACAAAGAAAAGAGACAAAAUAAUGCUUGGCUUAGACAACUUUUACCCUCUGAGAUCAAUAUUAUUAAUAUUAUUCGACGAAUCAUUGACACCAGCAACAAGGAUCGUCAUAUGGUGUUGAAGGGUUUAAUAGAUCUGGCCUUCAUGUUAAUGAGUACAGAUCAAAAGCUGAAAAAUAAUACGACGGUUGUGUGGUACACGGGAACAGAAAUUAUUCGAGAAAUAAUUAAAAAACGACACGACACAGUUGCCAUUGUAUUGCAAGAGUUGGUUGAUAAAAUCGUUGUUGGUGGAAUACCAACGAUGCAUUAUACAGAUUGUUUAAAAUACGCUUGUCGUGAAUUAUCAGUAAUCGUUUUGGAUCAUCAAGUUUGGAUUAUGACUCUUCUCGAACGAUUAUUGCUUUUACCUACUGCAGCAGCUGAUCAAGUUUUGCACGCAAUUCUUCCAUUGAUGCACGUAUCGCCUAAUAUACGAGAAAAUCUUUUUCUGACUUUGAGAAAAGCUCUUUACAGGAAAGGUGUAUCAAAACGUCAAAUGGCGGUUACUGGAUUUCUCGACAUGUUAAAAUACUCGAAAAUGCAUUCUUUGGGCAGCUUUAGACUUAGUCAACGCAGCGGUUCUUCAGCGUAUGCGAUUAGCUCCAGUGCCAGAUCAACGUUAACGCAGGUGACUCUCGAACAUAAUACGCAACAAGAGAAGUCAAUCACCGAAAUGAAUAAAACUUUAUGUUUUGAAAUACUAGAUAUAUUAAAGAAAAGCCUAACUUACGAGUUUCAAGUUAGACUACACUUAUACGAAGGCUUGUACGGUGCUGUUACAAGAAAUCCUGAAAUAACAGAAAUCGUGUUGGAUAUGCUUCUUUCGCAUUUGAGUCUUUAUCUCGAGGAAGACAAUAAUGUCUUGCCACCUGUAAAAUUUGAAUUGUGUGCAGACAUUGAAGGUAUGGAGGUGAUUUUAAAAGAACCUAUAGCAGAGCUGAUAUUUGCAAUACAAAAGAUAUAUAUGGGUAAAAUUUCGAGGAAGUCAAAUGUAUCUGAUAAGUUGCACACUGUUUUGGAAUCGCUGUGCAGACGUAUGGCAGCUACUGAAUUGGAACAUUUAAAUCUGGGACGAGGAACGGAUCUCUUUGAGGAUUUUUCAAAAUCUCAGAUCAAAUUGAAAAAUCUUAGCAUAACAAUUACAAUUUAUGAGGCUUUAAUAGCGUUUCGAAUAGGAGAAUGGUCUUUGAGAGAGAAUUCAGAUAUUUGUUACAGCGUUGAAGAUUUGUUUAGAGGAUAUUCCCGUUCGGUGGACUUUAUUAAAAUGCAAUCGAUAAAAACGAAAAAAAUAGACGGUGCUAAGGCUAAGAAGGAUAAAGAUGUAAACAAUACAACAAAAAAACUUAUUAGAUCAAGUAAUAUUAAAAUACCAAGUACUGUUAUGGAUUUGGAUACGAUAUAUCAAUGUUUAUCGCUUUUAUACUCACGGCCUGACACGGGUCAAAACAGAAAUGUCAUGCUUCGCGAAAACGGUAAUUUUUGUUGUUACAUAUUCCACAUAUGCGAACAACUUUUACAAAAAACGAAGUCGGUAAUGGUGGAUACGUGUCGAGGCCAAUCGAAUCUGUACAUUGACAUCUAUAUUGAGAUCGGAGGGUUGCUUUACAAAUACUUCUUAUUGAAUCUAACUGAUGCGGUAAAAAACGACGAACAGGUAGCAGUAUCGGCUUUGCAAUGCUACAAGGAGAUUUCUCAUUGUAUAUGUACAUUAGUCCCAUCGGAGUUGCCACGAUUUCUCGAGACGAUGUUACAGUCACAAACGAAGAAGGAUUCUGUAUCAAAGGACGUUAAUUUUCAACUGCAACAAGUUAUUUCCUCGUUAAACGUUUAUUUUAUAGAAUCACUCGCUGAAGAAACAAGUGACACCGCGAGUAAGAAAAUACCAUUUCUUCUGUUACAAGUUAUAGAACAGUUCGCCUAUAAAAUCAAUUUCGCAAACUGCAACGGUGAAAAAGUAUUCAAGUGCGUCAAAGAAAUUGCUCAAACAAAAGAAGUUGAAAGUUCAAUCGUUUCUGUUGCAAUUCCGCUUUUGUUACGCUUAGAAGAAUAUACGCAAGAGUACGGAGAAAUAUUGAAUGAAAUCUGCCUGAAACUAUGUGAAAAAGUUGGUGCUAUCGAUGAUAGCGAACUCACAUCGAACGAACAAUAUAAAAUUAUACGUGAAGCAACAUUCAUGCAAAUCUAUAACGCGUUAAACGAUCACAUAAAGGAAAAAUUAAACAAUGCUUCUUGGUUGUUGUUGCGCUUAAAAGCCGAAGAUAUCAUAGUUCGAGCACAUGAAGGAACAGCCGACGAAAUCUGUAAGUAGGAAUCAUUUGUAUUUAAUAGAAAAACCAAUUGCGAUAUCCAAACAGGUAAUAAUAAUUUAAGAGAGAAGGAACGAAGUCUCUGUAAACAGUUGUCCUAUCUUAUUCAAGUACUCCACACAUUGGUGAAUACGUCGAUAGAACCAGGCCCGUGUACGGACACUACGUUCAGGAACUUACAAUGUUUGUAUCAUUUGCUUGGAAACCUUACAAAAUAUUUCUAUGGAAAGUCAAACAGUCAAAAUGCAGCAUUUCAAACAGUCAAAUUCAUUCAAGUGGUACAGUUAGCUGGUAAACCAUUAAAAUCUGCCUUUUACAACCUAGUCACGCACGUUGAGGAAAAUCAGAACAAUUUAAAUUCCAAGUCAGACUCCUAUGCGCAGAGAAACAAAAUUUUAAGGGAAACUAAAAUAAUACCGCGCGUGGUUUACGAGAUCGAGCAAUUCAACAAGGAAGUAUUAUUACUUGGUAAAAGAACUGGCAUACCGUUGGAGAACUACAUGAAACGUAGUGUGACGCGCGACUUUAGAAUCAAGAAUCCACAAUUGGUGGAAGGUAUUGAGAAAAUGGACGUGAGCCAACUUACACCAUCGUAUUCUGAAGCUACAGAAAAUGAAAUCCGUAGCUUGAACACGGAUAAGUCAAGCAGCACUGCCGCCGAUGACACGACGCCAUCGAAGAAACGACGUAGAAUAGAAAAUUGA